AUGGAUCCGCAAUUCCCCUCUGCGGGCUCAAGGCACGAUCCUUCGCAGUCGCAACACCAGCAGCCCAAUGUCCCUCCUUACGACAUCUCCGUGAUGGGCCAUUAUGGAGCCAGCGCGGCGCUCGUAGCAUCUUCAUCAGUGCCAGCUCCAGAUAUAUACAGCGGCGCAUUCGCAAAUGUUUCUCAAGGUUUGCACGGUCAUUACCGCGAUAUCCUCACAACGUACUGGCAACAGACCAUAAAUCAAUUAGAAAAUGAAGAACACGAUUACAAGCUUCAUCAAUUGCCAUUGGCAAGGAUAAAGAAAGUCAUGAAGGCAGAUCCAGAGGUCAAGAUGAUUUCCGCAGAGGCACCUAUACUUUUUGCAAAAGGGUGUGACAUAUUCAUCACGGAACUCACAAUGCGCGCCUGGAUCCACGCCGAGGAGAAUAAACGCCGCACCCUGCAACGUUCCGAUAUUGCGUCGGCAUUGGCGAAGAGCGACAUGUUUGAUUUCCUUAUUGAUAUUGUCCCACGGGAGGAAGCAUCGCAUACCAAACGGUCCGGAGGUGGUGCAAGUCAUCAACAGCAACAACCACAACAACCUCCACAGCAACAACCACAGCAGCAGCAGCCUCAACAACAGGUCCCCCCCCAGCAGCAACCUCAGAUUCCCGCUGGGCAAGAUUACCUUGGCCAUCCUGCAAUGGCUCAAGAUCCGGAACGGUAUAAUCAGCCAAACAUUUAUGGUGGAGGGGUCCCACAGCAGGGAAACUAUCCAUCGCAUCCGAUUUACCAAGAGAGCUUAGAGGGGAUGUAUGGAUAUCCACCAAUGCCACACCAGCCUCAUAUGUAUCAACUGCCCAACCAACGUGGCCAUUUACAAGAUCCCCAAAGCGCAGGGGGUAGCAACGAACAAGGCGAAGUCGGUGAUGCAGAUGCUGAGGGCGAACGAGAUUACGACGUCGCCUAA